UCCGUCCCCGGCGAGCCUCUUGGGACCGAGGCCCCGGAGCCUUUUUUGGAAUAUUUGGCCCCGGUCCUUUUUGCGGCCGUUCUAGUUGGCUGUCAUUCUCCGGGACUUGCCCGACGCCUCGCCGCGUUCCUCGGCUUCUCCUUGGACGAUUACCUCACCUCGCCAACGACCUCAGGACUGUAGCACAGAGAGCGGGCCCAGCAGCGAUGCCUGACUCGCCAGCCGACGUGAAGACGCAGGCCCGAUCCACCCCGCCGAACAUGCCGCCACCAUCACCAGCCAUCACGCAGGGAGCGACGCGGCACCCCACCUUCACGCCAAACCCGAAUGGCGAAGCUGGGCCACCGAUGUUUCUGCCCCGCGGCCGUUUUCAUGGUUGCUUGAAAUGGUCCAUGGUGUGUCUCUUAAUGAACGGCAGCAGCCACUCGCCCACGGCCGUCAAUGGAGCCCCGUCCACCCCCAACGGCUGCAGCAACGGGCCGGCCACAUCCUCCACCGCCUCCCUGUCCAGCCACCAACUCCCUCCGGCCUGCGGCGCCCGGCAGCUCAGCAAGCUGAAGCGCUUCCUCACCACGCUGCAGCAGUUCGGCAACGACAUCUCGCCCGAGAUCGGGGAGCGCGUCCGCACCCUGGUGCUGGGCCUUGUGAAUUCCACGCUGACCAUUGAGGAAUUCCACUCCAAGCUCCAGGAGGCCACAAACUUCCCUCUGCGUCCCUUCGUCAUCCCAUUCUUGAAGGCCAACCUGCCGCUGCUGCAGCGCGAGCUGCUCCACUGCGCCCGCAUGGCCAAGCAGACGCCCGCCCAGUACCUGGCCCAGCACGAGCAGCUGCUGCUGGACGCCAACGCCGCCUCCCCCAUCGACUCCUCGGAGCUGCUGCUGGAGGUCAACGAGGGCGGCAAGAGGCGGACGCCAGACAGGACCAAAGAGAACGGCCUGGAGCGGGACGCCCUGCACCCCGAGCCCCUCAGCAAGAGGCCCUGCACCGCCAGCCCCGCCCAGCGCUACAGCCCCAGCAACGGGCUCGGCCACCAGCCGAACGGGCUGCCCCACCCGACGCCGCCCCCUCCCCAGCACUACCGCCUCGAGGACAUGGCCAUAGCACACCACUACCGGGACGCCUACCGGCACCCGGACCCCCGGGACCUCCGGGAGCGCCAUCGGCAAGCCGCCGUGCACAGCUCCCGGCAAGAGGAGGUGAUCGACCACCGGCUAACGGACCGAGAAUGGGCCGAGGAGUGGAAGCACCUCAACAACCUGCUGAACUGCAUUAUGGACAUGGUGGAGAAGACCCGCCGCUCGCUUACCGUGCUGCGCCGCUGCCAGGAGGCUGACCGCGAGGAGCUCAACCACUGGAUCCGCCGCUACAGUGAUGCCGAAGACAUGAAGAAGGGCUCCAGUCCUGCUGCCCGGCCCCACAACAGCGCCGGCAGCACGGACGCUGCCCCCCUGGAUGCUCAUCGCGAGUUCAUAUCCAGGCCGCUGUCUGGCUACAUGCCGGAGGAAAUCUGGAGGAAGGCCGAAGAAGCUGUGAACGAGGUGAAGCGGCAGGCCAUGUCUGAGCUGCAGAAGGCCGUCUCCGACGCCGAGCGCAAGGCCCACGAGCUGAUCACGACGGAGCGCGCCAAGAUGGAGCGGGCCCUGGCGGAGGCCAAGCGCCAGGCCUCUGAGGACGCGCUGACCGUCAUCAACCAGCAGGAGGACUCGAGCGAGAGCUGUUGGAACUGCGGGCGCAAGGCCAGCGAGACCUGCAGCGGAUGCAACAGCGCCCGGUACUGCGGCUCCUUCUGCCAGCACAAAGAUUGGGAGAAGCACCACCACGUCUGUGGACAGACGCUGCAGGGCCUGCCGGCCUCCUCCGCCGGGGCGGGGAUGGCCGUGGCCGCGGCCCAGCCGGACCCGGUGGCCGCGGGCGCCUCCCUCGCCAGCGUGGCCGCGGCAGGCAGCCCCAGCGACAGCAGCUCGGCCGCCGUCUCGCGCGCCGGCACGCCCGCGCCCCUGGACACGGCGUCCCGCUAGGCCGGCGGCAGGGCAGGGAACCGGGAAAGUGACCAGCCAGCGUCACCUGCUGCUACCAAUGCUCUCCAAAUGGAAAAAACUGCAUUCAGUGCAGUCCCUCAGCUACCUGACACAUAUGUGACCUCCGAAACGACCUCUCUCUCGCACGUGGAAUCCUCACGAAUUCUCAAUACCUGGGCUUUAAGUGGAGUUAAGGCAAAUACCAACCUUCUCCAUUCACUCGUCAGCUUUUUUUAUUAUUACUACUCUUCUGAAUACUUCUUACUGAUAUGAUUUGGGGGAAUUUCUGAUUAUAAUUUUUGCUUUUUGGAUGAGGAAUUUGUCUGCAGGUAUCGCACAUCUUGACUCAGGGCAGGGAAGGCAAAUGAAAAGAUGCUUCCAUCUGUCUUCUGUUGAAGAUGUGGUUGAGAAAAUAAAGGCGUGAACCCCUUCCCUGAAAGGGAGGGGGAGAAGGCGGGAAAAAAGGAUUUCAGUUACAAAAAGCAAGAUUUUUCUUUUUUGUAAAAAAAUAAAAAUAAACAAUAAAAACAUCAAACUCUUUGGCUUUAAGUAAAACAGAAAAGAGAAAAUCCAAAAAGAACCCAACGAAACCAAGUGAAGGAAAGCUUACCUGUAAACUACCUUGCUAGUUAGCCAAGAAGAUACCAGAUUCACCUCUACUCCAAAGGAAAUCCAAAAACCGAAAAAAAUCCAAACUUUUUUUCCACUGCCAAAGUUUCUUUUGUUUCUCCGUUUGGUUCCUUCUUUCUCUUUCUCCUCAUUUUGGGGGCUUUUAUUUAAUUACGUCUUUGGCGAACCGAGGGAUAGCCGAUCGUGUGUCCAGCGCCACCGACUGCGACUGUCGACCGAAAAGCGGCACCGCCGGCUGGAUUUUGGCUCCUCGUGUUCUCAGAUGGGGUGGGUGGGGCGAUCCUGCACUUGGACCUUCCACUCUUCCGGUGUGUAUCCUUGAAGGAGGACAGACGUGCAGCUGUGGGAUCAAAAGGAAUUUUCGUAGAAUAAAGCAAAAAACAAAACCAGAAA